AAAAACACACGAUGUUCAAGUGGUUGAGAACUAGUCCAGCUAUCAUAGAAUCAGUAAAGUCGUCAAGUAAAACCAAAGAGGGAAGACACUUACGUACAUAUUUACAUACAUACAUACGUUCUCUGAGUUAAAUCACUUUUACAUGAACAACACGUGGAUACAAACAAUGUUAAAAUAUUACAUACUUAUCAGCCCCAGGUUUUAUACAUAGCGGUAAUGCGGCUGCAUCUGUCAAAAGCAAAAACGCUUACGAAAAUCUCGUCUUCAUAAAUUCAUCUCUGUUCACUUCUUCUUUUAUCGAUAUCCCUGUAAAGAAUUUCGGCCAUUUUUAUACAUUAUAACAGGCUAUACAAUCAACCUAUUCCAAGAAGCUUCGUAUAAAAAGACGUCAGAGCUUCAGCAAUGUGUAUAGCUGUCUUUGUUUGGCAAGCUCACCCUCUCUACCCUCUGCUUCUCUUGCAAAACAGAGACGAGUACCAUAACAGGCCUACGGAGCCAUUGGCAUGGUGGGAGGAUGGUGAGAUACUGGGAGGUAAAGACGAGGUUGCUGGAGGGACAUGGUUGGCCUGCUCAAGGCAAGGCAGAGUUGCUUUUGUCACAAAUGUGUUAGAACUGGAUUUCUUCCCUGACGUCAAGAGCAGGGGGGACCUUCCCCUUCGUUUCUUGAAGAGCAAAAAAAGUCCAAAGGAGUUUGCUGAGGAAUUAGCACCAGACACCCAUCGGUACAAUGGGUUUAAUCUAAUAGUUGCUGAUAUACCUUCCAAGAUGAUGGUUUAUAUCUCCAAUAGACCAAAAGGAGAACCCAUUAUCAUUCACCAGGUUUCUCCGGGCAUUCACGUACUUUCAAAUGCAAAGCUUGACUCCCCCUGGGCAUAAGUUCCUAAAGAGUUCGAUACGAUACUUCUACAUGCAGGCUCAGCGACUCGAACUGAAAUUUAAGGAGCUGCUGGAUGAAUACGGAGCAAGUGAGAUAGCUGUGAAGGAGGUGGUAGAAAAACUGAUGAAGGACACAGUUAAAGCUGAAGAAAACAGGUUACCAGGUAUUUGUUCCCUUGACUGGGAGUACAACCAAAGUUCUAUAUUUGUGGACACGGAUACCCCACUGGGCCGUUAUGGCACAAGAAGCAGUGCUGUGUUGAGCAUAAAAGAAAAUGGAGAAGUAAGCUUUUAUGAGACGUAUCUAGAAAAGGGUCUGUGGAAGGAGCACGCUGUGAAUUACCAAAUCCAGAGAAAAACAUACACUUAAAUGUGUUGUUAACUGUUGAUGCCUAUACAACAAUAUCUAUCAUCUUGUUUCUGUCUGUAUGAUGUUGGGGUUUAUGUAUUUCAUUAUCACACUCUAUCACCAAAUGAACCAACAUGGAUUAAAAGUUUAAUCUAUUAGGUAAAGAGUAUUUUCAUACGGAUAUUCACCAUGGUAGUGAUUUGAUGGUCCUGUAAGUAUAAAGGGUUUAUACGACUAGCUUCUUUUUAUGUUCCUUUCUUGUCCUAAAAUCUUCGUAGUUUGGAAAAAAUAAAAUGCCAGGCAGAAUUUCAGUUGA